AUACGGCCUCCUAUUGUGAAUGGCCCAAUGCCAACACGGCCACUGGUUGCACUCCUGGAUGGACGAGAUUGCACUGUGGAGAUGCCCAUCUUGAAGGAUGUUGCUACAGUGGCAUUUUGUGAUGCUCAGUCAACUCAGGAAAUCCAUGAAAAGGUGCUGAAUGAGGCAGUAGGAGCUCUGAUGUAUCACACCAUUACCCUUUCUCGUCAGGAUCUGGAGAAAUUCAAAGCCCUCAGGGUCAUUGUGCGUAUUGGCAGUGGCUAUGACAAUGUUGACAUCAAAUCCGCUGCAGAAUUAGGCAUUGCAGUUUGCAACAUCCCUUCCUCCUCAGUAGAGGAGACCGCUGACUCCACCCUCUGCCACAUAUUGAACCUCUAUCGCCGUGUUACUUGGCUACAUCAGGCUAUGAGGGAAGGGAAUCGAGCCUCAAGUGUAGAACAGAUUCGAGAGGUGGCUGGUGGCGCUGUGCGUAUCCGUGGGGAGACUUUGGGCAUCAUUGGACUAGGCCGAGUUGGACAGGCAGUGGCUCUGCGAGCCAAGUCCUUUGGCUUCAACGUGAUUUUCUAUGAUCCCUAUCUGCCGGAUGGAGUGGAGCGAUCCUUGGGUUUACAACGAGUAGGAACCCUGCAGGAUCUACUAAUGCACAGCGAUUGCAUCACAUUGCACUGCAGCCUGAAUGAACAUAACCAUCACCUCAUCAAUGACUUCACUAUUAAACAGAUGCGCCAGGGCUGCUUCUUAGUGAACACAGCCCGGGGAGGGCUUGUAGAUGAGAAAGCCUUAGCACAAGCCUUGAAAGAGGGGAGAAUCAGAGGAACAGCAUUGGAUGUGCAUGAGUCUGAGCCUUUCAGCUUUGCUCAGGGGCCCUUAAAAGAUGCACCUAAUGUGAUCUGCACCCCUCACACUGCCUGGUACAGUGAGCAGGCGUCCAUUGAAUCCAGAGAAGAUGCAGCUAAAGAGAUCCGCAGAGCUAUUACAGGUCACAUACCUGAUGCUUUGAGGAACUGUGUUAAUAAGGAGUACUUGCUGCUAGCAGCUCAGUGGUCCAGUAUUGAUCCUGCAACUGUCCACCCAGAACUCAACGGAGCUGCAGCUUACAGGUUUCCUCCAGGAGUAGUGGGAGUAGCCACCCCUGCGCUGCCAGAACCGCCAGUAGUGGAAGGGAUUGUAGCUCACGGGAUCCCUCCUGUUUCCCACUCUGCACCGCGUACCCCUUCCCCAGGAGAGACAAGCAAACUGGAUGCAGACAGAGAGAUGCCUGCUGACCAAUAGCAGCAUCUUCCCUCUCCUCUGGCAGCAGGAAAAAGGAGGAGGGCAUCUCCUCCUAGGACCUUCUUUAACGCCCUUCGGAGACUGUUUCCUGUUCAUGCAGGAUGGGAGAAUGCAUUUCAUUACUGGCAAACUUUAGCUCUUGCCUUUAUUUUUUAACCCUUUAGUUUUAAUCUCUCAAUCUUUCCCCUUCCCUGGGGCAGGGCAGCAGUGACCUUGCCUCCUCUUGGAAACACUUAGUUUAACAAAUUAAUUUUCCCAUAUAUCUGCCCCAGUUGUCUGUGACAGGGAACUGU